GCAACAUGCCCCUUAUGCCUUGGUACCAACACCUAGCUAGCCGCCUCGACAUUCCCCCAGAAAGCGCUGGAGAUGCCAUGGUCCUCUGCCAGGGAAUGCAGUCUAAUCCUCUGGUUGUACAGGUAUAGCUCAGUUCAUGAAGUCGAGGUAUUCCUGGGCAUUGCUUCUUUAGCAAAACCUUUGGUGCCAGAGUCAGAAAUAAAAUGGAAAGAAAAGGGAUAGGUUCAUACAGCACAAAAAAGAAGAGCAGCUCAACCUGUUUUAGCAAACUUUUUAUUCAAAACUAACAAUAUCCACGUGUAAAAGGAAGCAACCAAAUCAAGUAAGCCUUGCAAAAGCAAGCAAACAAACAAAAGAUCAUCCUUCUGCAGGCCAUCUAGAGAUGCUUCUUCCAAAAUGCAUCCAGGGACAUUGGACAUGGAUCUGCACAUGUUGUGGCACACUGGCAUUCUGCACAGGGACCACAGAACAGAGCUCCGUGGGAGAAUAUUUAUGCCACACUGAAACAACAUGGAUCAUGGCCACAGUUCUAGAUAGGAAUUCAGGAGGAGGCAGACAAACCACCAGGCCCCUCAAUGCAUCUGAGGAAGCAGACUUUAGACUAGGAAAGCUCAUCCUGUCAACAUCCUUCUUUCAGUUAGUCCCAAAGGUGCCGCUACAAAAUCUCUCUACAUACUGAGUCCACAGACUGACACGGCUGUAUCUUUGAAUUCCACCAGACCCCCCAAAAGACAUUUCUUGCCCUCUCCUCCCAAGGACUUUGCUUUUAAAAUGAUGGUCAUGAUUCUGUUUUCUUUUACCUCAAAAUAAGGUAAGUUAACGGUAUUCCCCAUUGAAAAGGUUGUCAAGUCUGACUGUAGGUGCUCACCUCCAUUCCUGAGCCAAUGAGCCAGUGUUGUCAGAGACUCCUCUGUGGUCAUGGGGCCAACAUGAUGGCACAGAAUGCUAUUCACCUUCCCACCAGAGAGGCACCUAUUUAUCUACUUGCAUUCGCAUGCUUCCGAACUGCUGGGUUGGCAGAAGCUGGGACUAGGGAUGGGAGCUCACUCCGUCAUGCGGCACUCAAACUGCCAACCUGCCAACCUGGCAAUCAACAGUCUUAACAACUUGAGCCACCACAUCCCCUUCCUCAAAAUAACAGGACCAAACCACUAGACAUCCACGGCUAGCCUGACCAAGGAAGUAACUUGCCUUGUCAGUGUUACAAUUGUUAAGGCCCACAAAGGACCAAAAAUAUUUUUAAAACAUUCCUUCGCAGUAGGUCUUUUAAGAACUGAAAACAAUUUGAGGAGACCAUUUGGGGGCUGUGAUUCUGGAGGUUUUCCUCCCUCUACUUUUAGAGGGCUGUCUUAUUUUGGAGCUUAGCCUUUGCCAUCCAGGCCACGAUGGGAGUAGUUUUCCUCAAGCAUAUUUGAUACAGAGCUUCAAAGAGUUACUUUAUUGGACUAUAGUUCCCAGGAUCUCUCAGCUGGCAUGGUCACUUGGGCAUUCAGGGAACGAGGUCUGCUUUAUUUUAUUUAAAAAUACAUAUGCCACCUUGCAAAUGUCUGGCGGGAGGAAGGGAAGAGGCUAAGGUGAGAUGUGCCCGCGGUCAGGAGGGAGUGGAUCUGCUGGGGAGGGGCACCCAAGGGCCAUCUAGACCAAAGUGCUCCUGGGAGGGUGCUGACAAGCCUUCCAUUAGAAAGCUGCCAUGUUGUCCCUGUCCACACAGCGCCCACUGUAAACCCUGCUAGGGAUGCUGCCGCCUCUGAGCCUGGCUGUGCCAAGGAAGCAGGGCCCAGUGCACCCAUCCUCCAUGGCCAAACCAGCGCCCUUUCCCUGUUGGGCAGGGCUGGGCACUGGCUGCGUGCCAGUCUGCCUGCAGGAGGAUGCCCUCUCAGGGAGACAGCAGGCGUUCCUCCCAGCAGGUUGGGCUGGCAGGCCAUUGGGCUGAUCGGCCGCCUGCUUCAGUAGCCUUUCUCUGCCAGGUCCACAUUGCCAGUCCUGCCUUCGCAACACUUUCUGGGGAAGUGCCUGCCUAUCUGGUGCCAACUCCAGAUCUCAGCGGCCAUGCGGAUGUUUCAGUGGCUAGAGCUGCUCUUGAUCUUGGUGAUCCAGGCGCUGGUCCUCCUCUGCUUCUUCACAGAGUACCAGGGGAGCAGGAACCCUCAGGGGGAAAAGACGGCUGGUGCCCACAUCCUCAUCUUCUCCUCCUGGCGGUCAGGGUCCUCCUUUGUUGGCCAGCUUUUCAGCCAGCACCCCAAUGUCUUCUACCUGAUGGAGCCAGCCUGGCACGUCUGGGCCACCAUGCAGCAGAACAGCCCCAAAGUUUUGCACAUGGCGGUGCGUGACCUCAUCCACUCUGUUUUGAAGUGCGACAUGUCCGUCUUCGAUGCAUACAUGCCCGAGCAGAGGAACAAAUCCGCGCUCUUUCAGUGGGAGGCUAGCCGGGCCCUUUGCUCCCCACCUGCAUGCAGCGUAUUCCAGCGCGAUGACAUUGUCCCCAAGCAGGCCUGCCGAGCGCUAUGCAGCCGCUACCCCUUCAGCACAGUGGAGGUGGCUUGCAAGACCUACAGCCACGUCGCUGUGAAGGAGGUCCGCAUCCUGGACCUGCGCGUCGUCUACCCUCUCCUCGCCGACCCCUCCCUCAACCUCAAAAUCAUCCACCUGGUCAGAGACCCCAGGGCCGUUUUCCGCUCCCGCACUCAUGACGGCACCGCACCGGCACUCUCCCUUGGCAGCAAGAUAGUGGCAAGAGGUAGGAGCCCAUCCAAGGAGCUUGAGCCGGAGCAGGAGGCCUACACCGUCAUGCGGGAGGUCUGCAAGAGCCACGUUGCAGUGUACACCGAGGCCCAGCGGGCCCUGCCCUCCGCCCUCCAGGGCCACUACUGGCUGGUGCGCUAUGAAGACAUCGCCUGGGACCCCAUGGGCAAGGCUGCUGAACUCUACCGCUUUGUGGGGCUUGGUUUCCCACCGCAUCUCCAACAGUGGGUCCACAAUAUUACCCACGGGCAGGGCCUGGGCAGGGCGGCCUUCGACACCACCUCCCGGGAUGCAGUGAAUGUGUCACAGGCCUGGAGGAGCGCCCUGCCUUACCGCCAGGUAGCCAAGCUCCAAGCCAUCUGCCAGGAGGCCAUGAACCUGCUGGGCUACCGGCUAGUUUCCUCAGAGGAAGAGCAGCAGGACCUGGCACUGAGCCUUCUGGAUGUUCAUGGCCAGCCUGGCUGGGAAGCCUCAACAAGCGACUCCAGCAGCUGAGCUGGAGGAGAGGCAGGGUUAAUGUGAUCGGGCACAAGACAGCAGGCUGGGGGCAAAGUGGGUGGCAGGCUGCCAGAGAGUCUGAGGUUUUCUCAUGAUUUGGUUAGAAGAGGCUCCAGGCUGGAAGGCCAGCGCAGCAAGCCAAGGGGAUGGUAAGUGCCACGCUGAGCAUGAGCCGGUCGCUGUUGGGCAGGAUGGUCCAAUGAACCUGGGAGCCCCUGGCUCCAGCUUUCCCCACAUAAAAGACAAGGAGACACCGCAGUGAGACUACCAGGCUAUCUUCUCUUUGACUUGAGUGGAUUGACUGGCUGACCUUGCCUCCAGCCCCCAACUCAGGAAGGGAGACCAGGAGUUGUAGUCCCAAACUACAAACCCACAAAGGAGCAUGAAGGAGAAGCUGCAGCCACAUACUUGUGCAGCAAGAAAGCUUUCCCCGUGGCUCCUGACUGGCUUUCCCCAAGAACGGCACAGACUGGAUUCCCACAGGAAACUGGCCUGCUGCUGGAGAAAGUCCACAUGGAGGUUUGCUUUUGGUUGGAAGAGUGAGGUCUCCUCCACCUCCUUGGCUUGCUGCAUUGACCUUCAAGCCUGGAGCAGCCUUCUAACCCAACCCCAGACUCUCUGGCUCUACAGCGGCGCAUCUGAGGAUGAAUGCACCGUGACCAUCAAUGCACAGGAGUGUCCUGUUCCUAAUGCCUUCCACGCUGUUCCAGCUUCCUUCCCAGGGAUGCAAAGUCAGGAGCCACCCUCCUCAGUGCAGAAAUGCUCCCUUCUGCCCCAGAGUAUAACUCAGGAGGAGGAGGUCUUGGGGGGCAGGAGGGAGGCAUGAAGAAAAGGGAUGGCCAAAGUAAGGGUCUCCCUCCCCUCCCACAAUCCAGCCAAGUCACAUCAGAAAUGCUCAGCCAGGAAGAAGGUUAAAGUGAUGUUUAACUCCUUGUACCAAGUGCAAAUACACUUUGUUAACACUCUGAGGUUGUACAUAUUUACUCUGAAAAAGGAGCUGGAAUACCUGUGAAAAACCAACAGAGAGUCUUGUGGCACCCCAAAGACCAACAAGUUUUAUUGCUUUCUGGGGCAGCAGUGGCCAACAUGCAUCUGAGACACAGAGCCCAGCCUUACCUGGCAUUUGGGAAAGACGAAGAAGGGGGGGGGGAAAACUGCAGGGGUUGAUCAUAAAAUAAAAGUCAAAGUCCAUAUUGUGAUGAUAAUUUUAUUGGGCCAGUUCAAAGCUGCAAAAUAUGUCACGCUAACUUUCAAAGCCCACCAGCUUCUUCUUCAGGCAAUGAAGGAACAACAACAACAACAACACAGGGAGGGAAAGCGAUGAGCUUCCCCCAUCCUUGCCUGAGGAAGACCCCCGUGGGCACAGUGCAUGUUCUGCCUUUGGCUUGGCCUAAGAAAAGCAUCACCACAAUAAGCGGCUUGCAGAUGGUUAUUACACAAUGACUGAUGCAAUAUAACACUCGUUGGCCUUUUGGGGGCCAUACACCUUUGGUUUUCGUAGCUGCAACAGAUUAAUACAGUCUCUCCCCACCACCUGCCCCAGAAACGCCACUGAGCCAUUCUGAAUGACAGCACAGUGACUGCUAGAAUAGAACAGAUUCAUGUAAUGUAAAGUUGGUAUUGUUAGCUUUAAUAAAGGGUUUAUUGCCUA